GUUUGUGCGUUAAUACAGCACAUUACAAUAAUCUGAUACACAUUAUAUAAUGUAAUAAUGUUUUGAUUGUUAAAUAAUGACAACUUUAUUACACAUUUAAAUUCAGACCAUAUAAUGGUAAAGCAUAUUUUGUCUAUUAGCAGGUCAGUAAAUGUAGAUCGCAUAGAAAAGCAUGGAAUUGUUCAUCAUAUUAUCUGCUCUCAUAACUUAAUGUUAUUUUUUACAGCCCUAUUAUUAAAAUCUGUGGAGACUGUUAAUUGCUCCGAACCCACUACAAACUCUCUUUUAAGUGCGCUGAGUGCAAGAAUCUUUGGCAGAACUGAAAUCCGGCCAGUUUUCAACCUGAACACUCCAACCAACAUCAGUGUGACUUUUAUUCUGUUUGGAAUUUUAGGUGUGGAUGAAAAAGGACAAAAACUGAAGACAUUCCUCUGGGUGGAUCUGAUCUGGAAUAUUGAAGGUUUGAGCUGGGAUCCUGUUGAGUGUGGAACAGACCGAAUCUCACUGCCUAGGAAAAAACUGUGGAUGCCUGAUGUUGUUAUAAAUCAGUUCGUUGAUGAGAACAAAGCCCCGGACACCUAUUACCUCUACGUCACUCAUGAUGGAAGGGUCUUUGACAGUCUUCCGUUUCAUGUGAUCAGCUCCUGUAACCUGGAUAUCUACACCUUUCCAUUUGAUAUACAGAACUGUACAUUCACCUUUAAUUCAUACCAGCAUUCUGUGCUGGAUAUUCAGUUGUUCUUUGCUGAUUCAGUGGAGUUUGUAUUUAAAAAAUCCCUAUCUGUGAUGAGUACUAAAGGAGAGUGGGAGCUAGUCGACAUGCGUGGUGACAAAUCUAGAAUACCUACUGGUGAUAAAAGCAUUGGAUAUGACACUCUUAACUACUAUAUCGUCCUCAAACGUCGAGCCAGUCUGUACAUCGUGAACCUCUUGAUUCCCAGCUGCUUCCUUAUUGCUGUUGAUCUGUUCAGUUUUCUUCUGCCGCCUCAGGAGACGGAUCGCUCCACGUUUAAAAUGACUCUCAUCUUGGGAUACACUGUGUUUCUGCUAUUAAUGAAUGAUCUACUGCCCGUCACGGGAAACACCUUACCUCUUUUAAAUGUGUUUUUCUCUCUCUGUUUGAUACUGAUGGUGGCGAGUCUGAUAGAGACGAUUAUCAUGACUAAUAUUAUGUGUGGCUCAAGUAAUUAUGGACCGUUACCUCAGUGGAUGAAAGUGGUUUUCCUUAAAUACCUCGCCAAACUUGUUUGUUUAAGCAGGAGUGACCAAAACUGUGAUCAUGAUGAUUACAGAACUGAGAGCAGAUUCUUUGAUCCUGUAGUUAAAAUCCCAGAGACUGAAGACAUCCACAAGAUGCCUCCUAUACUUCAUAAGCUGAAGAAAAUAAGCCAAGACUUACUUUCUAUCCGUCAGCAGGUUGAUAAACAUUAUGAUACUGAUAAGAGUGCAGAUGAGUGGGUACUUUUGGGUCAAAUCAUUGACCGCUUGCUUUUUGGAAUGUAUACGAUCUUUCUUGUAGUAAGUUUCUUCACUAUAUUAGUUUUUUGGGUGAUCUGGUACAAUAUGAGUGCAGCUUUGGUAUAAAUAAAUUUACUUUGUGCACUGUAAAUGAUUUAUUCUGUGAAUGUCUUUAAAUGUACAACUCUGUAGUCUGUGUUUGUCUAUACUGUACAUGUUACUUAUGACACUUAUAUAUAUGGUCACCAAUGCAGAAAUCCAACUGUAUUAUGACUGAAACAAUACAACCAAUCAAUACUAAAGCUUUUAAUUUAAAUAACAUUUAUUGUAAUGCUGCUGUAA